AUGGCCAAGACCACGAUGUCGUCCUCUGACGAGAAGUUGCCUCCAGAUCAGAUCGAAGAUAAAUCCAGGGGAGAGGAAGAGUCUGCCGGAAUGUUCUCAGCCAAAGAAGCCGCUGCCAUUAGGCGUCGGAUAGACUUCAGACUCAUCCCAGCGCUGGGUUUGAUGUACGGCAUCUCCCUCAUGGACCGGAAGAACGUCUCCAACGCCGCCAUCGCGGGCAUGCGAAAGGAUCUCGAUUUGCUACAGGGGUACCGGUACAGCUUGAUCACUCUCACCUUCUUCAUCACAUACGUCAUUUUUCAGCCUCCGAUGACAGUCCUGUGCCGCAAAAUUGGUCCCCGCCUCUUUUUGCCGGGCAUCUUUGAGGUGGCACGGCGGUAUUCGGUCUUCUAUCUGAUUGGGAGUUUUGCAAGUGCACUCUCUGGAAUUGUCGCAUACGGGCUCAUGCAGAUGGAAGGUGUACAAGGAAUCCGGGGCUGGCGCUGGAUUUUUAUCAUGGAGGGUGUGAUUACUGUCGCUAUCGCCCUUGUCGGGUACCUAUUUAUUGUUCGCUUCCCAGAUGCAGAACAAAAGAAGCCGUCGUUCCGCUUCCUGAAGCCAGAAGAAUGCCAAUUCAUUGUCGAGCGUUUGGACAGAGAGCGGGGCGACGUUGAGCCUGAAAAGUUCAACUUGGUCAAAUUCUUGAAACCCGCUGGCGACAUCGAAAUUUGGGGAUUCGCCUUUAUGUUCUUCUGUAUUACGACUGUCACCUAUUCAUUUUCGUUUUUCCUCCCGAUCAUCCUCAAAGAUAACCUAGGAUUUUCCAUGGCUGCCUCUCAAUGUCUGAUUGCACCACCAUACGCAUUUUCCGCAAUUUUAAUGUUUACAACAGCAUGGUUCGCGGACCGCCUUAGACUCCGAGCGCCUUUCAUUGUAUUCAACAGUGUGCUCUCGCUGAUCGGCUUGCCGAUCAUGGGAUUCCAUUAUAACCCCUCUGUGAGAUACUUUGGUGUUUUCAUUGGUGUUGCAGGUGCCAAUGCCAAUGUUCCGCUUGUGAUGGCAUACCAGGCCAACAAUAUCAGAGGACAAUGGAAGCGCGCGUUCUGCUCAGCGACCUUGACCGGCUUUGGAGGAAUUGGAGGAAUCGCAGGAAGUCUUGUUUUCCGCACGCAGGAUAAACCAUCAUACACCCCUGGAAUCAUUGCUACAAUGGCUGCUUGCGCCUGCGUCGCCAUCACAAUUUGCCUCAUGACUGUGUACUUCAAGUGGCAAAAUGCCAAAGCAGAUAGAGGGGAAAAGAUCCUCGUCGACGACCCAGACUUCAGAUACACUCUGUAA